AUGCCGGCCACCGUCUCGCACCGCUCUACGCUUAAGGACCUCAUCGACUACAAGCUGCGCGUGCUCUCCCAGGACGGCCGCGUUUACGUCGGUACGCUGCUCGCGUUCGAUGCCCACAUGAACCUGGUCCUGGCCGACUGCGUCGAGGAGCGGCUGUCGGACCAUCACGUGCGCAACCUUCAGAAAGACCAUGCGCAGCGCCCGCAGCCCGAGCGCCGCGUGCUGGGCCUGACCAUCCUGCGCGGCGAGCACGUGCUCACCACGCUCGUCGAGUCGCCGCCGCUGCAGAGCAAGAAGGAGCGGCUGCGCGCCGAGGGCCGCGUGCGCAAGCGCCUGGCUACCAAGAAGAAGGCCGCGGGCGCUGCCGUCGCGCGUGCCGCCGCGGCGGACCGCACCCGCCCGCGCGCGCCGCGCUUCCAGGCUCCGCCCGGCUUCAAGAAACGCUGA